CGAAAAAAAUAACUUGCAAAAAGGAACUUUAAUUUUCUAGGGUCUAGACAGAAGCAAAAAUACCAAUGACAAAAAAUAACGAGGAGAUUCCUGAAGUUUCGUGUCACAAUUGCAGGAUAAAUUUAAGAGAGUUUAACAACGCAAAUUGACUCGGAGGAAAUGAAAUGUUUCCUUAAGGCGGCGAAACAAGUAAAGCACUGUUAGAUCGUGCAACGAUGUUAUAACAGUUAGUAAAUGGAAAAAAAAGAAGCAGUUUCAUCGCAAGGUGCCGAAAUCAAAAUUUAAAUAUCAUCGGACAAUCUCGAUGAAGUGAUCGUUGCCGGUGGGAUCAACGCGAUCAGCUCGACAUUUGACCGGCCAGUUGGCAACAUUUCAACACGGGAAAAUAGCAACGUUCCCGCAAAAUUCGAGUAGCGUCCCUCUCCUGAGAAGAGAUUGAGUCAUGAGCCAGGAGGAUCAAGAAAAGAGUAUGGAUAAGAAAGAGAUCGCGGAGGAGGAGCGAGAGAAAAUGUUGAACGCUGAAAACACAAAACAUACGGUGGCAUCGACCGCUCCAGACGCGGAAUCCGAAGACCAGAAACCUAAAAAGAAAAUUCCAAUUGGCGGUAUUAAGAUGCCCGGCUUCUGUCGUACAAAGAGCAAAGAACUUUGCAAAGAAGACGAUGGUAAACCCGCCGAAGCUGGAGAAGGCGAUGCUGCAACGGAGAAGCCUGUUAAAGAAAGUGAUCAAUGCGCUUCGUCGGAGAAAACAAGCACGCCGAAUAAAGACGCGAAGGAAAAAGAAGGCCGCAAGGGGAUCCUCGGCGCCAUAAAGUUGCCCUUAGUUUCUGUUUUCCCUAGAAAAAAGAACAAGGAAGGCGAAGUGGAAUUGGGGACUACCGGAGCUGCUGGACUGGCGAGCGUCGAAACGCUCGACGACGUUGAGAAAAAUCCGAUUGGCAACGAAGACGGUAUGGAAACCGUGCGACUCGACGGAGAUGCCCCAGACGGGAUCGAAUCUCCUAAGCAGCAUUUUCUUGUAGCUUGUAUAUCCGCCGCCAGAAGAAAUUUAUUCGUGCUAGUGACAACACUAUGUGUCUUGGUGUCAGUCGUGAUCAUCGUCUGCAUCGCUUGCAUCGGCCCGAGAAAGAAUAUCUCGCAACCGGUAAAGGAUGGCAGCUUCGUGAAGGCAGUAACUUCCUGCGGGCCGGUACAAGGUGUCUCGGAAGAUGGUGCGUUCGCGUUCCGUGGGAUCCCGUAUGCGGUUCCGCCGUUAGAAAAUCGUCGUUGGCAGCCUGCGGAACCGCUGAGGAAGAUUGAGUACUGUUGGACGGAUACGUAUCAGGCACACAACUCUUCGAAAGUCUGCUGGCAACGAGAAGCCUCCGGAAGAAUUAUCGGAAGCGAGGACUGCUUGUAUCUAGACGUAUUCACGCCCGAGGUCAGAUAUGACUUGCCUUUACCGGUUGUCGUGAUGAUCGGUGCUGAAACACUUAAUGGUGGUUCUCCAGGCGUGAUGCAGCCUUCUGCAAAACUCGCACGUGUUCGUGACAUGGUAUUUGUUAGACCCAACUUUCGGCUAGGAAUUUUCGGUUUCUUGGCUGCGGAGCCGCUGUCAAGAGCGUCGCAUCCUCUUACGUCUGGAAACUACGGACUGUCCGACAUUAUAGCAGCGCUUCAGUGGGUACAUCUUAACAUUGAGAACUUCGGCGGGAAUAAAUCGGCCGUAGUCCUUUGGGGACAUCGGGCAGGAGGGACUCUCGUAACGACUUUAGUCGGCAUCCGGCGAACGAAAGAUCUCUUCCAAAGAGUAUGGAUCUCUAGCGGCAGUGCGAUAUUCCCUGGAAGAGAGUUGGAAGUUUCCGAGACGCUCAGCGAGCUGUUUCUGAAUUCCACGAGAUGCAACGACGCCGCCUGUUUACGAAGCAAGAGCGCCGAGGAGGUGAUGGACUCGGUUCCUGAGACCUGGCAUUUGGGAAAUGUCGGCCUGCCCGAGACCAGGGAAGCAACAACAAGAGAUAGAAGGCACGAGUGGUUAGUGCUCGACCGUGCCAUUCUUCAGGAGCCUGUCGGCCAAAUUUGGGCAAGGGAUGAAUUUCAGGUGAAAAUCGUGAUGGGCACGACUGCCCAUGCAGGAGCGCCUCUCAAGUAUCUUACCUCUAACGCUACCCUCAACUCUACGCAAGUGGAGAAAAUCGUGAAAGAGUCCUUAUUAGGUACGUCGGGUUUGGCAGACGAAGCACUCAGACGUUAUAACACAACGUUGAAAGGUUUGCUGAGCAUGAUCUCGGACAUUCGCGUGAUAUGCCCAUUAUUGACAGUGGCCAGAAUGAAGACCAAUAUUCCAUUUUACGUAGCAACGCAACCACGCGGUCAGUUCGCAGAUCCUGAUUGCGAUGCCUCAGCGAUACUUGGAUCGUAUGCUGCUCGUACGCCUGCCGAGAAGAGACACGUAUCUGCAAUGCAACAACUUUUCAAUCAUUAUGUCUGGCACGACCAGGUAGCUCAGGCAGAUCCUCAUGGCGUGAAACGAGUAUUAAUCGUUGGACAAGACACGCUUCCUGACCGUGAUUAUCCCAACUGCGACUUUUGGAUAAGAGAAGAUAUAGUCCCGUCUUACGGUCGAGUCGAUUGAAUCUUUCUUCUUUCUUUCUUUUUUUUUAUCUGUUUUCGAUAGCCAUUCAAGAUUUCCAUCAUACUCGGGAUAUAUUAUACUUCAAAAUAAUUCUGCUUUGCAAACGAUACAUCACCGAUUGAUUUUGAAAGCAGAAACAAUUAAAUUUUUAAGUUAAUAUUUUGUUUUAUUAAUCUAUUUUUCGUACUCUAAUUUUCUUUAUAAUAAGAGGCGUCGCUAUAUGUUGCGAAAAAUUGAACGAAAGAUUAUCAUCAAGAUAUUUCGUUGCAAUUUACUGGUAUAAUGUUUAAAAUACUUACCCAAUGCAUACCCAUAUCAUAAUUUUAACAUAAAGUAAUGAUAGAAACGCAAACGAAAUGCACGUUACUUAUUUUUGUUAAACUGUAGGAGCAAAGAAUGAAGAACGAUAGUUAUCCAGAAGUCUGUAUUCAAGUCAGAAAGCGUUAAGAAUUAUUCUUCUACAGUUUUACCUUUUCUUUUCUUUUUAGCUUUGAAUAGCUUUCAAUUUAUGAACUUGUACUUAACCGAUACAAAAUACGAAACGAUAAUUAUUUAUUAUUACGAUUUCACAAUUUUUCUAUAUCAAAAUUGUAGAUAUCGGUCUUUUGAGAAUAUCUUUCUUUUUGCAGAAUGCGAAACUCAGUCAUGUCUAAGCUUUUAUCAGAGAUUUUUUAAGCAUUUUAUUACAAGGCACCUUGCGUUGGUUUAUCCAAAUGUUUUCUUAGCACAUCGAGAACAUGUACCACUGUUUUUUUUUUUUUCAACAAACUGCCAGAUAUUUAUACAUAUAAAAAAUUCACGAAUUUCUACAAAAGGUAUUCAGUAGUUUCUUCUCUGUACAUAUAUUGCUGUUGCUGUUUUCACUUUUUAUUUCAGUUUAUAUACUCACGAAAUAUUUCUACCCGCGUAACGAAUAUAGGAAACUAUAUAACAUGUAUAUACAUAUAUAUAAAUAUAUAUAUAUUAUAUAUAUCUAAAAUUUGAUUUUUAAACUGUAAGACUGAUUUUACAAAUUGGCAUUUCAUUUCCGUAUGAAUGUCCCUUUAUGUUAGUUUUUAACGAAAGAUAAUUUCAUAGUGUAAAAGGUCUCUGUUCUUCAGGCAGAAUUCUUAUAUUACAAGUGAAUGAGCGAUGGAUUUUCUUUAAAUAAUGUCGGCGUUCGUGUAUGUGUAUUUAUGUAAUUCACGUUUUUUCGCAUUAUGAAAUUGCACCGCGGCACAUGCUUGUCCCCUUAAAAUUUGUGUAGAGAUUUAGGAAUAUGUAUUUGUUUCGAUAACAGUUCAAAUUGAAGUAUUAUAUUUUUUACCGAUUCAGAAGUAAACAAGACGAUUAUAAAAGUUGAAAAAUAUUCCUAAGUCUGUCGCAGCUUUAACAUUUGAUUAAUGUCAUUUUUUGGAUUGCGUCCGGAUGUUUGUGUGAUAUUUGGGACGAAAUAAAAUGUAAUUCGUUUUUCAACUUUUAUA